AUGGAUAAUAGUAGUCUAGGUCUCGUCAUGCAUGAUAGAAAUUAUGGACGACAUAAAUGUUUACACUGGCGAUGGAUUAUAGUUCUCUGUAUUUGUUUAUUCAAUGCAAUCAUUUCUGUGAUUAUUCUCUAUCUACUAUUAAAAUGUGGCUUAUGUAUACCAAGAGAGUCCAACAUCAAUGCUGCUACAACGUUAACAACAACAACAAUAGAAAUAAUACCUACAACAACUAUAAUACCUGUAGCAGAUAUAAUACGUACAACAACAGAAGAGGUACCAGACGCAAUAGUAUUAGUAGAAAUAGAAAUAGUACCUGAUACAACAGAGAUAAUAGCAACAAUAACAAGAGUACCCGAAAUAGAAGAAGUCUUCUCAACAACAAUGGUAUCUGAGACAGAACUAGUCUAUACAACAACAAUAGUACCCGAAAUAGAAGAAGUGUAUACGACAACGAUGAUACCAGAAAUAGAAGAAGUCUACACAACAACAAUAGUACCCGAAAUAGAAGAAGCCUACACAACAACAAUAGUGCCAGAAAUAGAAGAAGUGUAUACAACAACAAUGGUACCACUAAUAGUAAUAGAACCAACAACAGAUAUAGUUCUAACUACAACUGUCCCUAUUCAACAAUCAAGUAAGCCACAAAGGAAUAAAUAUAUUACAUUAAAUGACUUCUUUCUAGAAUGGUUCAAUAGUGGAAGUAUGAUCUAUGCAAGAAAUGGGCAUACAGCAUCCGUAUUAAAAGAUGGAAAAGUAUUGAUUACCGCAGGACUUUAUAAUGAUUAUCCUUUGAAUAGCAGUGAAUUAUAUGAUCCAUCGACAGAAUCUUGGAAACUUACUAGCAGUUUGAAUUUCGAACGAUGUGGUCAUACAAUGUCGGUAUUGGAAAACGGAAAAGUAUUAGUUACAGGUGGAUUUAGUUUUAGUGGUAGAUAUUUAAAUAGUGCAGAAUUGUAUGAUCCAACAACAGAAACUUGGACAGUUAUUGCGAACAUGAGUUCUGCACGUUAUUUUCAUACAGCAUCUUUAUUAAAAAAUGGACAGGUGUUAAUUGUCGGUGGAUGGAAUGGAGACAAAGAGUUAAAUAGUUCAGAAUUAUAUGAUUCACGAAGUGAAACUUGGAUAACUGUUGGUAGUAUGAAUUAUGCGCGACAAAUUCAUGCAGCAGUUGUAUUAAACAACGGAAAAGUUUUAGUUAGUGGUGGAUUCACUCAAUAUAUUGAAAUGAACAGUGCUGAGUUGUAUGAUCCAUCGACAAGAACUUGGACAACCACGGGUAGUAUGAUUUCUAUAAGAAUUGGUCACACAGCAUCUAUAUUACGGAAUGGUAAUGUAUUAGUUAGUGGUGGAUAUUAUCGGAAUAAAGAAUUAAAUACAGCUGAAUUGUAUAAUCCAUCAACUGAAACUUGGACAACUACUGGUAAUAUGACUCAUAAACGAUGUGAACAUACAGCAUCUUUAUUAACAAAUGGACAAGUGUUAGUUACUGGUGGAUGGAAUGGUAAUGAGGAACUAAGUAGUACUGAGUUAUAUAAUUUAUCAACAGGCACUUGGACAUUUGCUGCAAAUAUGAACUAUACGCGAAGACAACAUACUGCAUCGAUAUUAGAGAAUGGUUCAGUUUUUAUUGUUGGUGGAGCUAGUAGUAGUAUACUUUUAAAUACUUCUGAACUCUAUGGUCCAUCAAAAACAUAUUAG